UAUGGCUGCGACCAUGAAAACAAAAACAAUGAAAAUUUUCUAUUAAUUUUCCUCAUUUUCAAGGAAUUUACGCUGUUUUGCCGAAAACGGUUUGAUUUUUCAACGAAUCUAUUCCUCAAUCAAUAAAUCAUGGCGAUGCCACCACAUAAUGUACAAAAUCCAAUGCAGACAUCAGGGGUGGGAAUGAUGGUGCCAGGUCCCGGGAUCACCAUGAUGCAACAGCAGCCUGCUCCUCAGUACCACCAAAUGAUGCAGCAAGGCAUGCCGGGCCCUCCACCAGGGGUGCAGAUGCAACAAAUGAUGGGUGGGAUGCCCCCUGGUGGCCCACCGCAGAAGGAAAUUCCGGCAGCGUAUCUGUGUCGGUUGGGGCAGGAAGCAGUGCAGGAGAUCGUCCACAAGACAAUGGAGAUAUUUCAAACCUUGAAACAGACUACUCUCCCGAACGGCACAACAGUCAACAUGCAAAAUUAUCAAGACCGUCGGGCCAAACUUGAAGAUCACAUGAAGAAAAUGACAAUAUGUUUCAACCGAUUGCGUAACCUCUACACACGAGUGAACGACACUUGUACCAUGAUAACCCAGAACAAUGAAGAAAAUUUCAUUCCGUAUGAGGAUGAAGAUGAGACUAACUACGCCCGACAGACAGACAUUUAUCAGUACAGCUCCGAGGAGCGCAAGGAAGUGAUUGAGCAAGUGAGAUUAAAGAAUCGGCAGCUCAAGGAGGUGAUAGAUCAGCUACGCACCGUCAUCUGGGAAAUUAACACAAUGAUGGCCAUGAGGCAUACGUGAUUGAUCGGCUACCCAUCGUCAUUCGGGAAAUCAAUGAUAGCCGCGAGGCGCAUGUUACACGGACAGAUUGUUGGGAGAGACUUGAUAAAACAUGCUGUGGCAUUUAUUUGUGACCAUGAAGGACUUGGCAGCGAGUGUAGCAGUGGGGCAUUCGCAACUCGAACAGAUUGUCACAAGAGACUAGAUGACACAUGUUGUGAACUUUAUUUGUGACACCGAAGGACUUGGCGGCUCACGAGAUUCUGGUCUAGUUGAGCAUGGAUUAUCUCCAGUGUGAAUCGUGGACCAGAUUUUUACCCAUAACAAUCAUCAUCACACACACUUUCAAACAACCAUUCAACACUUUGUCUUUUAAUCAAGUUCCUGCGCUGCUCUCAACUUGAUCAGUUUUGUCUUAUAAUUGUUCAAGUCUUUUCAAAAAUCUUCGGAAAUUUCCGAAGACAAUGCAAACUGGCGUCAAUGGAGUCAAACCAGCAUGUGAAUUUGGUAAAAGAUACAAUGACUGGUUGCCUGAGAACUUUUGCCGUGCAUAUGGGAGAAAAUCUGGUCCAUUGUUUACAACGGUAUUUGGUACAUGUAAGGUCAAGGUCGAAGGGUGUAACGUCUUGGCGUAACAGGAGACAACACCCGAACUAGUUUUGAACAACAACCAAGUCCUGUAAAAACGAACACAAACACUUAUAUCAUGUGCAAAAUAAAUA